GACAAGGAUCGAGCAUGCAACGCUGACUCAGCUAAUCCUUCCUUGUCAGGCACCGUCCAUCUCUCUCGUUCUAAACGCAAGCUCCCUUCAGUGAACAUCUAGACUUCAUUCCUCAUUCCUCCGAGAAAGCAAAGGAUCACCAUGACCCCUCCAAACCCAGCUUCGCAACCACACUUGCAGAUAUUCAACCAUCUUCGAGCAUCUGGGAACGAAAACUCGUUCACCUGUUUCUCCUUACUGCCCCCGGAAAUCCGCAGCCAAAUAUGGGGUCAUGCGUUGAAAAGAGAACGCCUGAUUAAGAUUUAUUUCCAGAAAAAUUAUUCUUUCUCGGAAGAGCGACCUAAACCAGAUGGCGAGAUACCGCGGUAUCAGAUUAUGAUUGAUGGACGGAAAACCGUGAGCAAGUUGCUAAGAGUCAAUCAAGAAUCACGACAGGCUGCACUACGCUUCUACCGAGUGAAGAUCCCAUGCAAAAUCAGCCCUGUUCCAGACGAUGAUUACGUCUACGAGGCGCUUGGACUGGCGACGAAAGCACAACCGGGGGUUUUAUACUACAACCCAGAGUGGGAUUUCCUAGAGAUUGCAUCCGAGUCAUGGAGGGCGGACGAUCUGUUUGAUCUGGCAUAUCAUCUGAAAAAGACCUACGAUCCCCGUCAUGUCGGACUACUGAAUCUAGCUAUUGGUGGAGUGAAUAGCUUAUCAUCGACCGGCCUUCAGUAUGUCGAUCCUAAGGAAGUUGAUCCUCAGGUUCGGCAGGUCUUUCAAGAGACCCUUGCGCAGCUACGAGAAGUCUUUUUUAUCACCAGAACGAAAGCAGGGCGUCGUAUCUUGGGAUCAGCAAGCGGUAUCCCAGUGGCCGAUCCCCACAAAUGCAUCUUCAAUCGGUCGUUCCCAAUUACCACAGUGACGCCGAUAUUUGAGCGCCUGCAACGCGACACUCGCUCGAUCUCAGAAGAUCUGAAACAAACGCAUGUUGGAGAUGGACCGAUGCGGAUGGCUUAUUACUGGCAAAGCAUGUUGGAUAUAUGGGGUGUGUCUGCCUCCCAUAUUACCUACCAGUUUAUCCUGGCCUUUGAACCAUCUGGACCGAGUCUCGAGAUCCAGGACCGCGAGAGUGCUAGUCGAUGGUUGCAAGUAGAAGAGGACGAGUGGACUGGGAAAUGGCGGCUCGAUGACGAGAUCAAAAAUGGAUGCUGGGCCAAACGCAGCUUGGGCACUGAGAGUGAACCUUAUUAUGAGAUGGUGGGCGCCCUGGAUGGAGAGAAUAGAUAUGAGGAUCUGGACAAAGCUGUAAAGCCCGCGUUUGGCUUUUGGAUCUUUCCUCUCCGGCUAUUUGGGAAGAUUCCAUCUUCAGAGGAGGAGUGCAACGAGGUGGACAGUAAACAGACCUUGGAUCUGUCUGAUCAUUGGCCUGGGCUAGGCAUCUCAUUGUUUUAGCUUGUAUUACGCUUUUCGGUUUUCGUUGCGCGCGGUGAGACGCUGAUUUUUCCUUUCUAUUUAUGUACUAUACCCGCUAUCUAUCCUUCU